GGCAGGGAUGCUUCACGCCAGGCCAUGUCACUCAAGGCUUUGUCCAACCUGGCCUUGGGCACUGCCAGGGAUGGGGCAUUUACCACUUCUUUGGGCAGCCUGUUCCUCACCAUGGGUACCACACAUGGGGGGCAUCCAUCAGUCCCACUGCCCCCACACAGGGAGCAAUGGGGUCAUCCCCAUCUUACCCUGGUGAGUGGAAAAGUGCUGCCUUGGUGGGACCUGGGCUGGUUGUGGUAGGGAUGAAGCUGGAUCUGAGGCCUCUGCCCAGGGCUGUGUCCCCAUUGCCCAUGGGGAGGGAGCACAGCAGAGAGCCAGGAUUCCUGGGCUCGCUUCUGCUUGCCCAGCUCCCAGCCUCACCCAUUGAGGGUCCAGAGCAGGAGCCCGAUCCCUGCAUCACCUCUGGACCCCUUCCCCAGCUGCUGGAGGCUGGGAAAGCCGGGAAGCGCGGGGCCUCUCCUUCGUGGCUGCCCAGCCAGGCGUGAAAUGGGCUGAAAAGAAAAGGGCUGGUGACGUUCCCGGGGCAGAGGCCGUUUGUCCCCCACUGCAGCCCCUGUGCGGGGCCGGUUCUGCCUCCCCAUCCCUCUUUGCUCCCGUUUCAGAGCACCCGGCCCCAUCCUGAUGGGUGCUGCUGGAGCCCCCCAGGACCGCGGUCCCACCGCUGCGGCUGGAUGCAGGAUGCGGAUGCUGGCCUUGCUGUGCAUCGCCAGCCUGUGGCUGGGGGCAGCUUGGGCUGUGCCAGCCAGGGAGGAGAGGAGGAAGGCAGAGAAGCUGAAUGAGGAUCCUGAGCUCUACGACCUGGACAACUAUGACCUGACGUUGGACAACUACGGAGACAUCAUUGACCUGAGCAACUAUGAGGAGCUCUACGACUACGGUGACUUUGCUCCGAAGGUCGAGGUUGGCACCCUGGCUCCUCGCCCCAAGAACCCCGUGGCUCUCCCAACCCUGGGUGCUGCGGCUGAGCCCAUGAAGCCACAGCCUCCGAGCCCGCCAGCACCCAUCCCUACGCAGGGCCUGCCCAGCUGCCUUCUCUGCCUGUGCAUUGGCACCUCUGUCUACUGUGACGAUGCCGACCUGGAGCACAUCCCAUUGCUGCCCCCAGACACCACCUACCUCUAUGCCCGCUUCAACCGCAUCGGCGCAAUCCGGGCCAGCGACUUCACGGGGCUCAAGAACCUGAAGCGAAUAGACCUGAGCAGCAACUUCAUCUCCUGGGCGGAUGCGGAUGCUUUCCAUCAGCUUUCCAGCCUGCAGGAGCUCCUCCUGCCCGAGAACCAGCUGACAGCACUGCCCGAGCUGCCCCCCAGCAUCAUCCGCUUGGAUGCUCGGCUCAACAGGAUCCCCAGCGCCGGCCUCCGGCACGAAGCCUUCAGGGACCUGAAGCAGCUGCAGUUUCUCCAUCUAUCUGAUAACCAGCUGGACUAUAUCCCAGCACCCCUGCCCCAGAGCCUGCGCUCCCUGCACCUCCAGAACAACAACAUCCAGACGAUGCACGAGGACACGUUCUGUGACAGCCAGGACCACAGCCAGAUCCGCAGGGCGCUGGAGGACAUCCGCCUCGAUGGCAACCCCAUCAACCUCAGCCUCUUCCCCAAUGCCUAUUUCUGCCUGCCCCGCCUGCCCACCGGCCGCUUCUCCUGAGCCCCACG